ACAUUUUCGUGAUUGACUUGAUAUCUAACUCAUCUUGUACUCUUGUCUUUGUCUUGCUCUGUAAGUUGUUCUCGAAGAAAACUACAACUGCGACCGCAGUUUCCACUCAUUCGUCCGCACUCGGAGUUUGGAUAAUCUUCAGGAAAUUUGGACGAGGAUGCUACCUUAUCACCUCUGCAUGAGUGGCUCGCCUUUCUGCUCCAAGCGGUCUGUUGGUUGCUGCUAGUUUUGACUGUCAUUGGUGAGGGAUAUUUUACCAUUUCCUGGAGCGAUCCUUCUGCUUUUCUGUGCUCUCGGAGGACACAGUUACAUGGAGAAUAGCGAGGACCGCGAAAAUGGCUUUGUGCAUGAACCUUUGCUGGACAAAGAACAGGGCGAUAACGUCACUCCUUUCGCCAAGGCGGGAUUACUCAGCAAGAUGUCCUUUUGGUGGUUGAAUGCGCUGAUGAAAUUGGGGAAAGAGAAGAUCCUUGAAGAUGAGGAUAUCCCGCGUCUCAGGGUGGAAGAACGAGCGGAAACAUGUUACUCGAGGUUCAUGCAGCAACUGCACAAAGAAAAGAGGAAGAACUCAUGUGACGCCUACUCUAUCUUGUCCGCGAUAUUCUACUGCGAAUGGAGAGGUAUUUUAAUUUCCGGCUUCUUUGCUUUGACCAAGGUCUUGGCUCUCUCCACUGGGCCUUUGUUCCUCAUAGCCUUCAUCGCCGUCGCCGAGGGUGAGGAGGCUUUCGAGUAUGAGAGUUACGUGCUAGCCGGAGGAUUGUUCCUGGCCAAAUGCUUGGAAUCUCUAUCGGAAAGGCAAUGGUAUUUUAGAGCAAGACUGAUUGGACUCCGAAUAAGAUCUUUUCUGUCGGCGGCGAUUUGUCAGAAGCAACUGCGGCUCUCCAGUGCGGCGAAAAUGACUCACUCUCCUGGCCAGAUAGUAAACUAUGUCACUUCAGAUGCUUAUCGGAUCGGUGAGUUCCCUUACUGGUUUCACCAGAUAUGGUCGACUUCCCUUCAACUGUGCCUCGCAUUAGCCAUUGUUUACUACGCUGUGGGCCUCGCAACUUUGGCGGCUCUCAUGGUGCUCAUAUUGAUUGUCGCCCUGACUUCUCCGAUGGCCAAAUUGCAACUCAAGUACCAAAGAAAACUCAUGGAGGCUCAAGAUAAAAGGCUGAAGGUGAUCUCGGAGGCGCUUGCGAAUAUGAAGGUGUUGAAGUUGUAUGCUUGGGAGAAGCACUUCAAGAAAGUCAUCGAGGAGCUGAGGAAAGACGAAUCGGAGUGGAUCGCAGCUGUUUUGUGGCAAAAGGGUUACUAUAUGGUCCUGUUUUGGUCUUCACCGGUUUUAGUUCCUGCCAUUACUUUCUGGGCAUGCUACUUCAUGGGCAUUCCCUUGACCGCGAGCAAUGUCUUCAUGUUCUUGGCGAGCUUAAGAAUCGUUCAGGAACCGAUCAGAUUGAUCCCUGAUGUGGUCGGGUCCUUCAUCCAGGCUAACGUUUCGUUGUCUCGGAUUGCUGAAUUUCUAGAUGCACCUGAAUUGGAAAAUAAGCCAACAAAUCAACAGAGUGAUGAUGAGGUGCCAGAGAUGGCUGUUUUCUUGGAUUCACGUGAGAUUUCAUGGGACAGUGGUACCUCAAAGGCGACAUUGAGGAACAUAAAUUUGUCGGUCGGAAAAGGAGAGAAAGUAGCUAUAUGUGGGGAAGUUGGGUCAGGGAAAUCUACCCUUUUAGCUGCAAUUCUCGGAGAGGUUCCAUACAUCAAUGGCAUUGUGCGCGUUCAUGGUAGGAUGGCAUAUGUGUCUCAGACGGCGUGGAUCCAGACCGGGAAUAUACAAGAAAACAUCCUAUUCGGAUCCGUCAUGGACUCUGUCAAAUAUCGAGAAGUAAUUCAGAAGUGUUCCCUGGCCAAGGACAUGGAGAUGUUUCCCUUUGGCGAUCAAACUCAAAUAGGGGAGAGGGGCGUCAAUUUGAGCGGCGGACAGAAGCAAAGGAUACAACUUGCACGCGCUCUGUAUCAGGACGCGGAUGUGUAUCUGUUGGAUGAUCCCUUCAGCGCCGUGGAUGCUCAUACAGCGACGAGCUUAUUUAAUGAAUAUGUCAUGGAAGCUUUAUCCCAGAAGACUGUUUUGCUUGUUACGCAUCAAGUUGACUUCCUUCCAGCUUUUAACUCCAUCUUGUUAAUGUCAUCCGGACAAAUUGUAAAUGCCGGCUCAUACGAUCAGUUGAUGGCUUCUUGCCAAGAAUUUCAGGACCUUGUCGACGCGCAUCACACGACCGCUGGCUCUGGAAAUCGUAUCAGAAUGGUUUCAUCAAGAAUGCCCGGAUAUUUGAAGGAGGAGAUCCAGAAAAUAGAUGUAGAGGAACAGCUCAAGGCCUCUCCGGGAAGUCAAUUGAUUAAGGAGGAAGAAAGAGAGAUAGGAGACAGCGGUUUCAAGCCCUACUUGCAGUAUAUGAAACACAACAAGGGCUUUUUGUUUUUCGCCUUGGCAACAUUAGCUCACGCAAUUUUCAUAGCCGGGCAGCUCGCGCAAAAUUACUGGUUGGCUUCUGAAGUCAACAGUACAAGUGUGAGCACCAUCGAGUUGAACUCUGUUUACACUGGGAUCGGCAUUGUCCUCGGUCUCUUUUUGCUUAUUAGGUCAUAUUUCAUAGUCUAUCUAGGUUGCGGUGCCUCGUACGCCAUAUUCUCUGGGUUGUUGCACUCCCUUAUCCGAGCGCCAAUGUCCUUUUACGACUCAACUCCUUUGGGAAGAAUACUCAGCCGGCAUCAUCGAUGUCGACGUGGCGUUCAAGUUAACCAUUGCCCUCGGUUCCACGAUGAAUACCUACUCGAGCUUUCUGAUACUCGCUUUUCUCACAUGGCCGGUUUUAUUUGUGAUCAUACCCAUGAUUUAUCUGACGCUGAUCAUACAGCAUUAGCUUUUAUCUUUCAUUUGCUACAGAAAUACUACUACGCUUCUUCUAAUGAGUUGAUGCGACUAGACGGCACCACCAAGUCUACACUCGCAAGCCACCUCGCCGAGUCCAUCGCCGGAGCGAUGACAAUCAGAGCAUUUGGCCAGGAAGACCGAUUCUUUUCAAGAAGUCUUUGCCUUAUUGAUGCGAAUGCAAGUCCGUAUUUUCACAGCUUUUCGGCCAAUGAGUGGCUGGUCCAACGUCUGGAAGUCCUGUGUGCCAUUGUCCUAACGUCCUCGGCCCUCGCAAUUACUUUUCUUGAUCUCGGGUCCUCUUCCUCCGGAUAUGUUGGAAUGGCGCUGUCGUACGGUCUAUCUUUAAAUGUCUUCCUGGUCAUUUCCGUCCAAUUCCAGUGCUCGCUAUCGAAUUUGAUCGUUUCUGUAGAAAGGCUGGAGCAGUACAUGCACAUUCAAAGUGAAGCUCCAGAAGUGAUCGAAGAUAGCCGACCAGCGCCGGACUGGCCUUCUUCUGGCAAUGUUGAGAUUUAUGAUCUAAAGGUAAGGUAUCGGCCUGAUUCCCCCCUCGUUCUUCAUGGGAUAAGCUGUAAAAUAAAAGGAGGGCACAAGAUUGGGAUUGUUGGCCGGACCGGUAGUGGAAAGACAACUCUCAUCAGUGCUUUGUUCCGUAUCGUGGAACCUACCAAUGGGAAAAUAAUUGUCGACGGCCUAGACAUAACCACUAUCGGACUUCAUGACCUGAGAUCACAUUUUGCGGUCAUCCCACAAGAUCCGACACUUUUUGGAGGGACAGUUCGAUACAACCUGGACCCCUUGUCCGAGCACACCGACGAGGAAAUAUGGGAGGUUCUAGGAAAAUGUCAGCUCCGGGAGGUCAUACAAGAUAAAGAGAAGGGCCUGGAAUCACUAGUGGUACAGGACGGAUCUAACUGGAGCAUGGGGCAACGGCAAUUGUUUUGCCUAGGACGAGCAUUGCUGAGGCGAAGCCAGAUCCUAGUCCUGGACGAAGCCACUGCAUCUAUAGAUAACGCGACCGAUGCGGUCCUCCAGAGGACUAUACGAACGGAAUUCGCAGACUGCACGGUCAUAACUGUGGCCCACCGGAUCCCGACUGUCAUGGACUGCACAAUGGUGCUGUCAAUAAGUGAUGGGAGAUUGGCAGAGUACGAUGAUCCUAUGAAAUUGGUAGGCAAGGAGGAUUCGCUGUUCGGGCAGCUUUACAAGGAGUACUGGUCUCGAACGUCGAAUGCGAGUGAUUAUCCCGACAACUUGUGAGAUGCAGCAGCUUGUGGAAGCCGACAUACAUUAUCCGAAUGCAUCGCGAGAGGCCGGUUUCUACGUUUAGAGCAGUUGGAAAUGCUGUAGGGAGAUGAUUUUGCUGUUACGUCCCCGGUCAAAAGACCAGACGCCAGAGAAAGCGGGAACCUACCAAAGCGUAUUAGUAUAACAUCAUUUCAGUGAGGAUUGUUUAUUGUUGUGACCCAAUUUAAUUCUAAAUGAGUUUCUAUUUUUACUAUUAUAGA